GAGCAGGUUGCCACCCUGGCCAGGAGGCACUAAGGCAUAAAGGCGUGCCAAAACACAGACAGCACGAGCCAAGCCUGAUUCAAGAUGCAGACAGCUGAACAGCCACCUCAGAUCCUUGCCCAGCUUUGCGCAUCUCGUGCCACAUGCGCGCUCGAUGUUUAGUUUCAUUUUCGGGUCGUCAGUGGAUGGGCCGGGGCCCCCCACGAUCCAAGAAGGCCACCAGACGGUGGAUGUGAUCAUCGAUGGGGAGCGCCUGCAAGUGGACGUGGAUGUCUUGGCGGAAGUUUCUGGCCUCUUCCUGCAGAUCCAGAGCACCAAUGCCAAGGAGUGCCCGUUGCUGGACUUCCCGGGUGGUUUGGAGCGGUUCACAGGGAUCGUGCGGUUCUUGGUGGAUGGGACGGCUUUGGUGGUGAGCGAGGACACGGUCCUGGACCUGCUGGAGUCCACUUGGUUGUUGGAGUGUCCGCGGGUGCUGGACGAGGUUCAGAGCUUCGCCGUGUCCACGUCCUCCCGGCGCCGGGCCGAGAUCUUGGAGCACGUGCUGCCCUACACGGCCGCCAGCAGCCCGGACUCCGAGCACGAGGCCAAAGAGAAGUCCAAGUCCGACUCUCUGGGCAGCUGGAGCGAGCACGGCGUCAGCUCCAGCGAGAUGGCGUCCUCCGCAUGCAAGCAGUUCUUGAGGCUGUUCCACUUUGAGACGCUGAUGUGGCAAACCAUGGAGCGGGUGGCUCUGACUUUGGCGCAGUCCCUGGACAGCAACGACUUCGUGUUGGGCCCGCGCCUCGCCACCGGCAGCCUCCGGGUUUGUUCAGAGCUGCUGCGGGUCCAGCGCCAGCGCGAGGCCGAGGCCGGCUUCGUCACCAGCGCCAUGCAGCCCGUCAGCGCCCUUUGGAAGAAUCUCAUGGACAAGCCGCUGCGCGCGCGAGUCUCCUGGGACUCUCACUUCUUCGCGCUGCGGUGCAUGCGGCGCCGACUGGCAGCCGCCGCACCAUCGCACGUCCUCCAAACGCAAGCGGAGAUGGCUGGGGAGUUGAAAGAGGAUGAAGAGGCGCAUGCGGAUUUGCCGGCAGAGUUGUGCGAGACUGCACAGGACUCAACCCUGAUUGUGUUCGGGGAGUUGGUGAUGUAUGUGGACGAAGAUCGGCUUUUCCCGAAUUGGUCCGCUCUGCUGAUCCGAACGCUUCUAUUGUUGGACCCCAGUGAUGAGCGUGCCCGCAAGACCUUCAAGUCCAUGUUUUCCAAGAGCGAGCUUGUGCAGAAGCUGGCAUGGAGCCAUCCAGCGCCCGUAUCACCAACUUGGCUGGCAGACGUGGUUUCUCAUGCAGAUGCCUCGAAGGCACUGUUGAAAGUUCUGGGCAGAUUUCGGGAGAUGGCAGCGGCAGAGCUGGCAGACAUCAUCGAGCACGUGCUGCUGUCGAAGUUCCUUGGCUGGGAGCACUGCCAGCAAACCAUCCUCGCCAGCGAGCUGGUGGACGACCUCGUGGGCGCGUGCUUGGAUGCAGGCCGCAAGGCCAACGAGGCCGAUGCCAAGGGCCGGUGCCCUGCGCAUUGGGCAGGGCCGGUGCUGUGGCGCUUGGAGUUCCUUGGCCGGCGGUUGUUUGAGGUGUCCUUCGUGUUCCAGGAAGGCUUCCUGCCUGCUGGCGCGGCCGAGGCUGACAAGCUCCUGGUGCGGCGCAUGGCCAUGGAGGACGACCUUUGCAUGCCGCAGCCGCAGGUGGUGGAGCUGCACGGCUCCUGCCUCUGGGACGAGGGUUUGCUCACCAUCCCGCUGCUGCGGCCUACCAUGAUGGAGGGCCGGGCCGCGCUGGACAAGCCAAUUCUGCACUUUGGGCGCCAUGUGAUCAUGAGGCACUUGUGGCACAAACACGCGGAGUACUGCGACGUGCCUAGGCUUAAGGGCCUGUGGGACCUCGCUGCCUGGUCCCUGUGCGAGGACGCAGCGCUCAUUCGCCAGGCGUUGGAGUACCUGAAGGGCACCUACCGAGACUUGUGCCGGCCCGGGCCUUGGACGCCCGAGCACGAAGAGGAUGUCUUCCAGAUGUUCCUUGCCUUGGACAUGUCCCUGCUGCCCAUCCAGGCACUGCAGUCACCCUGGGUGCCUGCGCAGGUGCAGUGCGUGCGCUUGCUGGUGCAGCAGCAGCCAGCGGACCAGUUUCAUGAAGAGCUGCAGCAGGAGGUGAGUCGAGCGAUGGAGCAUCUCCAGACCAUCCACUACCAAUGCUCCAAGCUCACUGACAAGCUGAAUGUGGUGGAGCAGCGAACGGUCAUGAACAAGAGCCAGAUCAGCGAUGCAAGCACCGCCCUUGAGGAGCACCAGCGCCGCAAGCGUGCCAAAGACCCCAAGCCAUGAGCACCGAUCAGAGCGCUAGGGAUCACCUUGGCCGCUUUGAACUCCUUGGACUUUCUGGCCUUGCGCCGCGGAAUGCCGCGCGCUGCGCGCUUG